CGGGGCGCAGUGCGCGUGCGCGCUCCUCUGCCCCGCCCCUUCCGCUCGUGGCGGCGCGGAGCGCACCGGGCGUGCAGGCGGGCCGGGGCUCGGGGUCAGAGGGCAAAGCCCCACCAUGUUCCGGGCCCUGCUGCCGGCCCUCCGCCUGCCGUGCCGCCUGCCCACACCGCGGGCCCUGCACAGCCCGGCCCCGAGGCGACUGCCACUGGGGCGGCGGGUGGCGGUGGUGGCAGCGGCGGGGGCAGCGGCGGGGGCAGCCUGGCUGUACCUACGGGAGGAGAAGGCACGGCGGCGGCGGGCGCGGCGGCGGGAGGAGCUGCGGGCGCUGGCACUGGGCCAGGGCGACUUCCAGCUGCUGGACCAGGAGGGGCGGCGGCGGUGCAAGGCCGAUUUCCGUGGGCAGUGGGUGCUGCUCUACUUCGGCUUCACCCACUGCCCCGACAUCUGCCCCGAGGAGCUGGAGAAGCUGAGCCGGGCCGUCCGGCUGCUGGAGCGGGAGCCAGGCCUGCCUCCUGUCCAGCCCCUCUUCAUCACCGUCGACCCCGAGCGUGAUGAUGUGGCAGCCGUGGGGCGAUACGUGCGGGACUUCCACCCGCGGCUGCUAGGACUGACCGGCAGCCCCGAGGAGGUGCGGGCGGCCAGCAGCGCCUACCGCGUCUACGCCAGCGCCGGCCCAAAGGACGAGGAGGGCGACUACAUCGUGGACCACACCAUCUUCAUCUACCUGCUGGGCCCUGACGGGCUCUUCCUCGACUACUACGGGCGCAACAAGACAGAUGCACAGAUCGCCCAUAGCGUCCGCCGGCACAUGGAUAGCUAUGAGCCAGUCCUGGAGUGAGGACAAUAAACGCACCUGUGCCCCA